CAGAGCCUGAGGGACAAGAUCGAUGCCAUCGGGAAGGCCCAAAGCGCGAAGGAGGCCGCCGAGAUCCGCGCGAAGGAGGCCGAGAUCAGGGCGGAGUGCGCGCAAGGGCAGCUGCUGCAGCAGGCGCAGCAGGUGCCGGCUAUGGUGCAGGAGAUCGCAGCUUGCAUGCUGCGCGGCGCGGGCUCGAGGUUGCGCAUGGGCGCUCGGGGCACCCGGUUCAACCCCGAGUUGGUGGCAGUGAAGAUCGAGGCAGACGACGACAGCGGCCGUGCGAUCAUUCGGCCACGCGCGACGGGCCUGCAGCCGUGGCCCUCGGGGGCGCCGAGCAGGGGGCAGACGGGUCCGAGGGCGCGGCAGUCACGGACGCUGCACUUCAGGAGCUCAUGA